UGAAUAAAAUAUAAUUUUACUCACCAAAACAGGAGCACAAACUUCAACAGCACCACAAAAAGGUCUGAUUUAAUGACUGGAAUUAGCAGAGGUGACGCCCUGCAGGAGCACCUGCCUGUGUUGGCACACCUGUCAGUUAUAGCAGGCAUGCUGCAAACUUUAAGACCAAACAAAGUCAAAAAAGGUGAAUUAUAAAAAAGAUUCAGGUUCUACACAUCUGCUAUGGAGGAGGAAACUUGCUCUGGACUGAAGGUCAUGCCAUCAUCUCAAACUAUCUUCUAAACUACUUUCCUGGUCUGGACAUCGAGAGGAGGAACUGUCACGGUUUCACAGCUUUGAUGAAGGCUGCCAUGCAGGGCCGGGCUGAGUGCGUUAGAGCGAUCAUGUUGGCAGGAGGUGAUAUCCAGGCUCGGGACUUUGGCAGGAAAAUGACACCCAAGGAGUGGGCGCUCUUCACCGGUCGGUAUGAAACAGCCCGCCUGAUGAGUCGGCUGAUGUCCAACCCUUGUCCUGAGCAGUUCUGUGACUCCUUCUCCCUGGAGUGGCCACUGCUGGAGGAGUUGGUGGCCCAGGCCCAAGAGCCAAAGACCUGUAAGCAGCGUUUGAUCAACCUUCUUUCCUGCUGCCCUUAUAGAUUUUACAUCAACAACAAGGUAAAACCUAUGGAAGAUGGUGUCCUUGAACACAUGGUUCGGAUCACCACGGGACUGUCCAGUCCGCUUAUCGCUACAGCUUGCCACACGGUGUGCCCGAGCAGCCCGCCGUGCAUCGGAAAACGUCGUCACGCGGUGCAGGAGAUCCUAAAGAGGCAACGUCUGGCGGAGCUGAAGCGCCUGGGCCCAGAGAGGCUAAACAACUACAAGAAACUUUUCCAGAACUCACGGAUCCUCCUCAUCCCCAGGGAGAAGGAUCGGAGGGCCAGUCUCCAGCCUCAGCUGCUAAGCAACAUGGCAGCGGCGUCCACAGUGGCCAUAAGACGAGCCAGCCUGCUGCCACUCCAUAUGCUGAGGAGAAGCAGUGUGAGGCCGGGCCUAGUGGUGCCCAAGGUGAGGCUCUGCAAAGCCCCAGCUCCAAGCUACAAACCAGAAAAAUUCAGAAGGAACAGUAACCAGAACCAGCUCCAGAUACCCAAGUGGGAUUAUAAGAUGAAGAAAAUAGAGCGGAUGCAGGAGGAGGAGCGGCAACGACUGCUACCCCUAAUUAGGAGAAGAUGAAGGACCAAAGAAAGCUAAAGGAGACGUGACUUACUGCAGCUUAAAAGCGCUCAGUGUAAAUCUUGACAUGGCUCUCAAAAUGCAUAUUCUUGCAGAAAAAGACACUUUGUUAAUGUAAACCAAACUGCUCAUCGUCUUCUUUGUUGGGGUUUCCUGCAAUGUUGCCUUUUUUCUACUUGAAACUACUCUUACUUUUUAAGGUGCACUUUGUGCUGGAAUGUGGCAGAUAUGGGAGCACAAGGAAAAAUAUCAUGUACAUGUAACAUAAUAUCUGUUAUUUCUGUUGGUAUGCUGACAACAUUCAUUGUGUAUUAUUAUGCAUUCUAUGGAAUGUGGCAGAGAGUGUUGAGGUGCUUACUCAAAAAAAGAAAAACAUCACACAUUACUCAUUACUUUUCUUAAAAGUAACCCAGUACUUAAUUAGUCAUCAUAGAAAGUAAUCUGUGGACACUACUGGUUACAUUACUUACAUGUUACUCUAUAAUAAGUCCUGAAAUGCAUUGUCACAUUAACUAUAAACCUGAGGCUACAGUCCCACACGCUGGCACAAAUCCCUAUCCUGAUGAGGGCACAGCGUUAGCUUUAAACACAAAACCUACAACAAAACACAAAAAUGAAAUCAGGACAAAGAGAAUUUAAAGGGAUUACAGGGAAAAAAAACCCCUCAUCACUGCCUUUGUUACCUAUCUAAACCCAGGCUCUAUCUGCUGGGCUGGGCUCUUCAUCCGCUCAGCUAUACCGCUCAGCUAGCUAUUCACUAGCUUUGUGUUAGCAAUAGCAUGCUAUCUGUGCAGAUGCCUCUGAAGAGCUGAUGUUGUGUUAGCAGUAUAACACACAUGUUUCUGUCCUGAAUGCAGUUUGCACUUUGCAGUCUUGUUCUCUCGUGCAAUAAA